CUUCCGUAAAUCAACCUCCUCCUGCGGCGGCGGCGGGCGGCGGCGGCGGCGCCCGCUCUCCCACUUCCCCCUUCACCGACGGCUGCCGCGAAUCCAUGGUCUCCUAUUAUUCGACGCACAUCCAGGACGAGAUUAGCGUUCUUCAGGCAGGAUCUCUGAUUCGACGACCAUCAAGGACUAACCCUAUGCUCUACCAGAUUGCAGCAGCAAGAUGUCUUCGUCAUCACAGGCGACCCUACACGUCUUGUACAAGAAAUAUAGGGAUGAAAACCUCAGGAAAACAGGCUCAGGGCAGCUCACUUAUGAAGAGAUUCCGAAGUUUCCCUAUGUUCGUGGCAAGUACACACUACAAGAGGUUCAACUUCUUGUCCACCAGGCCUACGCUAUUGGACCUUCGCAAUCUCUUUAAUCAAGUGCAUGAGCAUUUUGGGAGACAGUCCCCUCUGACUCUUGAAAGUGAAUCCAAGACUGGUGGAGUCCACAACACUCGAUACACGUCAGAGCCCCCUGUUUUUGAAGAGGAGACUUAUUAUAUUGUUAGGCUGCGUACUCACCAUCGGAAGAAGUAUUCAGGGCGUGCGAGGGUUGUCAUUGAGCUCUUACUUAGAAAUAGUGAUAAUUACUUGGUUGCAUGGAGGCUUAUUCAUGAAGCUGCUGACUACAAAACAGCGUAUUGGUGCCUGUUCACUGAUACUCGUACUCUAAAUCAAAAAGGGCUUCUCAAAAAUAAGUGCAAACAUACCAAAUAUACAAAUGGGUACAGAAAGCAUCUAGGGAAGGUCAAAAUUUAUGAUAAAUUUCUGCUUGAUGCCGAAUAAUUUUUGCGAAAGCUUUACGCUGCCCCUGCAGCGGAACCAACAGAUGAAGGGUACCGCAUAUUCCAGACUCUGUUUGUGCUGUUCGGUGAAGGUCCAAGAUUUGGUCCGGUGGACAGUCGCACGUUUCAGUCAAUCCUAAAAUCCAUAUCUGAUGUGGCUGCCAUUGGGAAUGGCCGGCUGCAUAAUCUGAUCAAGAACUGGAGGAGCAUGAGCUUUACAACUUUGGUCUUGCACUUACUUCUCUUGGAGGAAGCCAUCAUUGACAAAAUAGUAAGAGAGCGUGGACAUGUGCUGGAUGGGAAGUUUUGCCGUCUGGUUGAUGAAGUUCAGAUUCACCGUACAGUGCUGGCCAAGCGCUUUUGUUCUCUGUUUGCAAAUGUGAAGGAAUUGAACUCGUACCCAGCAUUGAGAUGUGAGGCACACAGGGUUCCUGUUGAAGCUGAUAAUCAAUUGGGGCCUUUCACAAUUGCAAUCUCUGACCCUUCUGCCCGUGGCCAUAUGACCUUGGAACAGUUGACAGAUAACUUCUUGUACCUUUUGAGGUUUGAUUACGAGCUAGUCCUUGGAAUUCUAGCAAGGAUGGAGGGCUUUGAUGAUGUCCUCAACCUCAAGACGCUAAGCGUCUCACAAGAAACAA